UCCGGUGACCUUUGACCCACUCCCCAAAUAACCACUUCGAUAUAUAAAAAAGAGAAAUUAUUGUCCUCUUGCAGUCCUGUGCAAUCGUAGACAUGAGAAAUAAAAUGUGUUGCUCUGCUUUAAAUUAAAAAAAAGCAAGAAGGUGGAUUGACAUCCUGUGCUCGAGGGCCGUUGCUAUGGGCCGUUCAGCUCAACAGAACCAGCGCGAGCGGCGGAGCUGGUGGCGCUGAUUGAGGGCUUGUCAAGAUGGAUCAUGAAGAACAGUUUUCCUUUAUAGCAGAAUGGUACGAUGCAAGUGCUAGCCUAAUUCGGCGCUACUUAUUUUUCUUUUAUCCAAAGGAUGGAUCUAUUGAAAUGUAUGAUAUCAAGAACCGCCGUACCUUUCUGAAACGGACAAAAUAUGAACAAUUGCGGCAAGAAGACUUGUUUGUUGACAGUGUAAUUACUGUGUAUGCUCGUCAGCUCCAUUUAGUAGGCUAUGGAGACCAAUACACAGCUCUCAAACUGGGAAAUAAGAAACAAAAGACACUAGGUAUAAUAAAGCCAGGUUCUGAUCUUAAAUUUGGAAAAUUGGUUGACCGGCUGUACAGCUCAGGACUUGUAAUAUCCAAGGCAAAAAUGAUAGACCUGACAAGCGAUCUUCUUAGGUAUUUAACUUGUGGUCCUGCUAUUGCACUGGAAAUUAUGGGAGAUGAGGCUGUUUUUUCAUGGAGGAAACUAAUUGGAUCUCCAGAUUCUGGGAGAGCAGAAAGUGAAGCCAGAAUUCGGGCUCUUUAUGGAAUUGACAAUGCCAAUACUCAUGGUUCUGAAUGUGCUGCAACUGCAGCUCGAGAACUAGAGAUUUUUUUCCCAUCGCUUGGUAAAGGGCCAUCAAAUACAGCAAAAUGUAUUGAUUGCACCUUAUGCAUUAUCAAACCUCAUGCUAUUGCUGAAGGUCUGGCUGGAAAGAUUUUAGAUGCCAUUGAAGAACGUGGAUUUAAAUUUACCGCAUUUCAAUUGUUCAAUCUAGACCAAGCCAAUGCAGAAGAGUUCCUUGAAGUGUAUAAAGGAGUUGUUUCUGAAUACAAUGGUAUGGUAAAUGAACUAAUUUCAGGCCCUUGUCUCGCACUUGAAUUCCAAGGAACUGACAUUCAGAAAACGUUUAGAGAAUGCUGUGGACCAUCAGAUCCUACUUUUGCUCCCAAGAACGCUGAGCUGCCUAAUGUCGUGAUAAUGUUUGAAGCACUGUAACCAGCCCAAUGAUACACUGUGAUACACCCAACACCACUUCAAGGUUACAGCCACUUGAUCGGCGAAUCAUUGCAAUUAUGAGCAAAUAUUGCCACCGUAACAAGUUGCAUGCCGUCCUGGGUGAAGACAAUACUGACAACAGACUACAGGAAAUCAUUAAGACAAUCACAGUCAACGAUGCUCUAUUCAUGGUUGCUGAAUCUUGGGACUGCAUUAAGCCAUCAACAGUUGCCGACCGUUGGUACAAUAGUUUGUGUGCCAGUGAAGCAGACACCCAUCCAGAACAAAGCAUAACUACUGACAUCACUGACAAUUGCAGACAGCUGGGUUUAGGAGACUUUGCAGAGACGAGACUGAUGCUUGGGUGAACUGUGACACCGAAAUUGGAACAGAGACACUCACCAAUGAUCAAAUAGUCAACGUAGUCACAGAGGAACAGCAGGAAUGUAUGAAUGGUAUGGAUAGCAAGGAAAAUCUGAUACUGGCACCACCUCCAAUCCUCGUUAAUGAAGUUAUUGACAGUUUGCGACUUUUCAUGGAGUGGUACGAAGCACAAGAUGAGGUUGAUGCUGUUAAAAUGAUGCAUUCUCGUCAUGUUACUGUUCACAAAAACAAAGAGAUAGCACUUCCUCAAGCAACAGCGACGGGAUAAUUUAUUUGGAAAUAAUAACCAGCCUCCAUUCAAUGAAUUCUU